AUGCUAUACAAUUUUAUUAUUCUUUUAUUUUUCUAUAUUAUUCAGCCUUGUGUUUGCUUCAAUUUGAGUCGAUUUGAGACCUUAGAGACUCGACACCGCAAAGGUAUCGAAUGUUGGCGUCCAGGAGACGAUUCACAUUUUCAUUAUUUCGGCUAUAGAAAUCAUUCGUAUGAUAAAAAACCUUGUUUAAAAUGGAUAGAUGUUACUAAACAAUUGUUGGAGAUUUACAAGGAUUAUAAUACAUUGUAA